UGUGAGGAGAUCUGCAACUCUGAGACUGUACUGACUAUUUCUGGUGUGAAGAUUGAUACUAAUGCCGCUGUCCAGCCAUUUGUUGAAGCCAUGAAGAAGCGUGUGACAAGAAUUUUUUUAAAUAAUGUGACAAUCACUGAUGAAGGCAUCAUUUACAUCCUGGGGGCAAUGGAUAACUCUCCAUUAACAUUUUGGGGGAUUGAGGAUUCAUCGCUUUCUGGACGUGGCUUGUUGGACAAUAUAAGGGACAUACACGUUGACAAACUGGAAACAGUGUAUAUAAAAAAUCUGGCAAUUGAUGGUUUUCAUCAAUUUAGUUCUCUAAAUUACCUGGAAAAUAUCCUUGAAUUCCUCAAGAAUAUAUCUGUCAUUAACAGCAAAGUCUUUCUCAUGCCCUGCGAAACAUCUAGGCUCUUGAAAAGGUUGGAAUAUCUGGACUUCACUGGGAACUUGCUCACUGAUAUUGCCAUCAGACAGUCCUUGUGUCGUGGUACAUUGCAACAGCUCAGAUCUCUUAAUCUGAGCAAGAACUCUAUUAAGUCUCUUGAUCUUAUGAGCCACUUAGUCAGAACAUUCAAGAAGCUUGAGUCCUUGGAUUUAAGUCAAAAUGUAUUUUCUGAAAUGCCUGUAGUGUGCACUUGGCCCAGAAGUCUGCGAUACUUAAAUCUGUCCUUGAUCAAACUACGGAACAUAACAGCAUGUCUCCCAAAGAGUUUGCACGUUUUAGAUUUACGUGGCAAUUACCUGACUGUGUUUGACAUAGAACUACCUUACCUCAAAGAGCUCUACAUCUCAGGCAACAAGUUCAGGAGCUUGCCCUCAGGAAGGUGGUUCCCAACCCUACAGCUACUGCAGAUCCAGAAAAACAUUAUCAACAAGUUUGACACAACGGAUUUGAAGGAGUAUAAGAACUUGCUAAAUCUGGAAGCUGGCUACAACACAUUUGAGUGCUCAUGUAAAUUUUUGGCUUUUAUGCAGCAGAAGGUUGGACAGUUAGUCAGGAUUGUUGAUGGACCAGAUAGCUAUGUGUGUGACACACCAGUUACUUUGAGAGGACAACUGGUUGUAGAUGCACACCUCUCCAUAUUUGAGUGUCACAUGAUGGUGGCUGUGUCUGGACUAUCCACUAUUGUCUUUUUGGCAACACUCAUCUGUGGGAUCCUUUGCUACAAGCUCCAUGUUUUUUGGUACAUAAGGAUGACCUGGGCUUGGCUUCAAGCUAAGAGGAAACGAAAGAUUAAUGCGAACAUCGCCAUCUGCUAUGACGCUUUUGUUUCUUACAGCGAGAGGGAUUCUGAGUGGGUUGAGGAGUUCCUGGUCCAGGAACUGGAAGGAGCCCAGCCACCAUUUCGGCUCUGCCUGCACAAACGUGACUUCCUUCCUGGGCAGUGGAUAGCAGACAACAUUAUCAAUGCUAUGGAGAAAAGCCACACAACUCUCUUUGUCCUGUCCCAGCACUUCAUCAGCAGUGAGUGGUGCAAGUAUGAGCUUAAUUCGCAUUUUUGCCUGUUUGCAGAGAAAAAUGACACUGCUGUCCUGAUUCUUCUGGAGCCCAUCUCCAAGGAAACCAUUCCCAAGAGGUUCUGUAAACUGCGCAAAUUUAUGAACUCAAGAACCUAUUUGGAGUGGCCAGAAGAUGAGAUGCAAAGACCUCUAUUCUGGGACAAUCUCAAGGUAGCAAUUAAAAGAGACGCCUAACUUGGCUUAGAAAGUACAAGAAAGUCUCAAUGGCCAAUAUUCGCUGUUUGUAAACAUGAGGGAAGACAGGGGAAUAACAAAAAACUUUUAGGUUUUCUCCUAAUGAAACAAUAUAUAGCCUAGACACAUUAGAGCAAAUAUUUCUUUAUCCAGAAAGAAGAUGCAUGUCUUCGACCUCGGUACAGUUCUCGGCGAUUACAGUUUAGUCAAAAUUAACAGGAGUGAAACUGUUCCAACAUGGCCCGGUGGCAAGUACCUUUCCAACAAGGUACAAUGUGUCAUAUUCUGGCAAAGUGUUUAGGGAUACCGCUGCGUUUGCAUAGCAGAAUGACUAUACAGACAUGUGCAAUUACAGGAUUUGGACUUGAUAUAGAUGUAAACCUGUCAUUUUACUAGCUAAUGGGGCUAAAAGAACUAUGGUUUAUCUAAUUUUGAAAUAAAAUUCCAUUUUACAUGCGAUGCAGUUUUGUUAUAAAGCGCCAGGUUGAGUAAUCCUUUUCAGAGAGCUUUUUGAACACUUUUGAUACUCUCAUAUAUGUGAAUAAAACACGUGUGAAGGUUAAUUUGCUUGACAUUUUGUAUAAAGAAAAUCUGUUUUAAUAGAAAAAUAAGAUAUAAUGCUCAUUCAUGUGUCUCGACAAAAAGAUAUGUAGAUGUUUUGUAUUUGGAUAGAUUUGGGGACACUUGAGGACAUCUGGAUGCAGUUUUGGGGAAAACUUAUGUGGAGUUUUAAUGCCUGUUGAUAUGUUUAACAUAAUUUGUACAUAAGUUCACAUCAAGUUUGUGC